CAGGCCGCCGUACCCCGGCCUCCCCGCGGUGACCUUCAGCCCUCCUACCUGCUGGCCCGGGCGCCCGCAGCUUGGCUGGGGAGAUUCCCCGGGAGUCCGGGUUGCGCCGGACUCUGGGCGCAGCGCCCGUGCCGGCCUCGGGACGCCUCCUCCGGCGCAGGGAUGGAGCCGCAGCCCGGGAGGGCUCUUGGGGAGGGAUGGAGGCUGGCGGCAAGCCAGAAUUCCUUCCGGGUAGAAUAUGAUACGUUUGGUGAGCUAAAAGUGCCAAAUGAUAAGUACUAUGGUGCCCAGACCGUGAGAUCUACGAUGAACUUUAAGAUCGGAGGUGUGACAGAACGCAUGCCAACCCCAGUUAUUAAAGCUUUUGGCAUCUUGAAGCGAGCGGCUGCUGAAGUAAACCAGGAUUAUGGUCUUGAUCCAAAGAUUGCCAAUGCAAUAAUGAAGGCAGCAGAUGAGGUAGCUGAAGGUAAAUUAAAUGAUCAUUUUCCUCUCGUGGUAUGGCAGACUGGAUCAGGAACUCAGACAAAUAUGAAUGUAAAUGAAGUCAUUAGCAAUAGAGCAAUUGAAAUGUUAGGAGGUGAACUUGGCAGCAAGAAACCUGUGCAUCCCAAUGAUCAUGUUAAUAAAAGCCAGAGCUCAAAUGAUACUUUUCCCACAGCAAUGCACAUUGCUGCUGCAACAGAAGUUCAUGAAGUACUGUUACCAGGACUACAGAAGCUGCACGAUGCUCUUGAUGCCAAAUCCAAAGAGUUUGCACAGAUCAUCAAAAUUGGGCGCACUCACACUCAGGACGCUGUUCCACUGACUCUUGGGCAGGAAUUUAGUGGUUAUGUUCAACAAGUGAAAUAUGCAAUGUCAAGAAUAAAAGCUGCCAUGCCAAGAAUCUAUGAGCUCGCAGCUGGAGGCACUGCUGUUGGUACAGGUUUAAAUACUAGAAUUGGCUUUGCAGAAAAGGUUGCCGCAAAAGUGGCUGCACUUACGGGCUUGCCUUUUGUCACUGCUCCAAAUAAAUUUGAAGCUCUGGCUGCUCAUGACGCUCUGGUUGAGCUCAGUGGAGCCAUGAACACUACUGCCUGCAGUCUGAUGAAGAUAGCAAAUGAUAUUCGUUUUCUGGGUUCUGGUCCUCGGUCAGGUCUGGGAGAACUGAUCUUGCCUGAAAAUGAACCAGGAAGCAGUAUCAUGCCAGGCAAGGUGAACCCUACUCAGUGUGAAGCAAUGACCAUGGUUGCAGCCCAAGUCAUGGGGAAUCAUGUUGCUGUAACUGUCGGAGGCAGCAAUGGACAUUUUGAGUUGAAUGUUUUCAAGCCAAUGAUGAUUAAAAAUGUGUUACACUCAGCCCGGCUGCUGGGGGAUGCUUCAGUUUCCUUUACAGAAAACUGUGUGGUGGGAAUCCAGGCCAAUACAGAAAGGAUCAACAAGCUGAUGAAUGAGUCUCUAAUGUUGGUGACAGCUCUCAAUCCUCACAUAGGGUAUGACAAGGCAGCAAAGAUUGCUAAGACAGCACACAAAAAUGGAUCCACCUUAAAGGAAACCGCUAUUGAACUUGGCUAUCUCACAGCAGAGCAGUUUGACGAAUGGGUAAAACCUAAGGACAUGCUGGGUCCAAAGUGAUUUAAAUAAAUUUAUAAUGAAAAUAAACAUGUAUAAAAUUUAAAAAAA